CCGAUUCAAGUAUCCGAUUCAUUGGCAGACUAAUUCAGUGUGAACUGAUAAGAGGUGUACAAUGUCUGGGAUGGAGGUUCCGGGGCCUGAUAAUGAUUGGAGGAGUCAGGGAUUCCGACAAAAAGUAGUCACGCAAAUUGAAGAUGCCAUGCGCAAAGCUGGAACAGCUCACACCAAAUCCAGCAAUGACAUGGAGAAUCAUGUGUUUAACAAAGCAAAGAGUAGAGAGGAGUAUCUGUCCAUGGUUGCCAGGCUGAUCAUUCAUUUCAGAGACAUUCAUAAAAAGGCACAAGGAGGACAAGAUCAGUUGAACCUUCUACAGAAUCUUACUGGUGUAGGUGGUGCCAAUGGCCCUGGAACUGUUGGCAUGUCCACACGUCCUCCUGGUGCACAAAUGGGUGUCAUGGGGACAAUGAAUCAGAUGCCAAUAAGCCAGCACACCAUGCAAGGAGUUGCAGGAAAUCAGCAGGGUGCUGCAGCGGCAGUGCAGUUGCAGUUGCAGCAACAGCAGCCCAUCCAGUUUCAGCAGUUCCAGCCACAGCAGGCGACCGUCAUGCAGCAGAACGCUAUGCAGCAGCAGAUUCAGGCCCAGCAGCAGUUAAAACUGCAGCAGCUGCAGCAGCAGCAGCAGCAGCAACAGCAACAACAACAACAGCAACAGCAGCAGCACAUUCAAAAUCAGUCAAUGCAACACCAGAACCAGCAACAGCAGCAGGCACAGGCACAGGCACAACAGCAGCAGCAACAACAGCAACAGAAUCAGUUUCAGUCACGACUUCAGCAGCAUCAUUCAAUACAGUUUCAGCAACUCCAACAGCAGGCUCAUCCUCAGGCUCAGUCCAUUCAGCAUUUACAACAGCAGCAGCUUCAAGUUCAAGCCCAGCCAGGUCAGAUGCCUCCACAUUCCCAGCCCCCCCAGCAGAUUCUUGUGCAACAGCCGUUGGCUGGUCAAAUGGCCCCUGGCCAACACCAGGCAAUUGGAACCCUGAGUCAGCAACAACAUCAACAACAACAACAACAACAACAACUGAAGCUCUACCAGCAGGCUAGAGUUAUGCAGCAGCAGCAGCACCAGCAACAACAGCAGCAGCAGCAACAGCAACAGCAGCAGCAGCAGCAGCAACAGCAGCAGCAGCAACAACAACAGCAGCAGCAGCAGCAACAACAGCAGCAGCAGCAGCAGCAGCAGGUCCAACAAGCAGCAGCAGCAGCAGCAGCAGCUCAGGCCCAGCUUGUGACAGUCUCUGGCUCGAUGAUGCCCCGUGCUGGGAUGCAAAUGCCACCUCGGUUGCCCCGUGCCAUUCCGAAUUCUGCCAUUCCUCCAAACCCUGCUGCCAUGGGAGGACAGCAAAUGCCACAGACUCAACAGAUGUCUUCACCGUCUCCAGUCCAAGUGCAGACACCUCAGCCGUCCAUGCCUCCUCCCCCUCAGCCUCAACCCUCCCCACAGCCACUCUUGUCACAACCAAACUCUGUCAGUUCUGGUCCGACCCCAUCUCCGGGAGGUUUCCAACCCAGUCCUUCCCCGCAGCCAUCACAGAGUCCCGCCACAGCACGUACACCACAGAGUUACUCAAUGCAAGUGCCAUCUCCUGGACCACUUAGCACUCCAGGAAACCCCAGCUCUGUGAUGAGUCCAGCGAGCGUAUCUCAAUCAGAGGACCAGCUGUAUAUGGACAAACUCAAACAGCUCUCCAAAUAUAUUGAACCGCUGCGCCGGAUGAUUAACAAGAUUGACAAAAAUGAAGAAAGGAAGAAGGAUUUGAGCAAGAUGAAAAGUCUGCUGAACAUUCUCACUGAUCCCAACACAAGAUGCCCUCUCAAAACUCUACAGAAGUGUGAAAUAGCCUUGGAGAAGCUCAAAAACGACAUGGCGGUGCCUACACCUCCUCCUCCAACAGUGCCUUCUAAAAAGCAGUACCUGUGCCAGCCACUGCUCGAUGCCGUUUUGGCCAAUAUCCGCUCACCAGUUUUCAACCACUCUCUCUAUCGAACGUUUGCGCCUGCAAUGACCGCCAUUCAUGGAACACCCAUCACAGGGCCUAUCAUUCCAACUCGGAAGAGGAAGUUUGAGGAAGAUGAUCGUCAAACUAUUCCCAACAUCCUGCAAGGGGAGGUCGCACGCCUUGAUUCCAAAUUCCUUGUCAACUUGGACCCGUCUUUCUGCAGCAACAACGGAACGGUGCACCUCAUCUGCAAACUGGAUGACAAGACCCUUCCAAGUGUUCCUCCCCUCCACCUGAGCAUUCCAUCAGACUAUCCUGAACAGAGCCCCCAAUGGGACAGUGAUGAUCAGCAAUAUGAGGCAAACCCUUUCUUGCAGAAUGUCUAUAGGAACAUGACGUCGAAACUGCUUCAGCUUCCCGACAAGCACUCUGUCACAGCUCUGCUCAAUACUUGGGCUCAAAGUGUUAGACAGGCGUGUCUCUCAGCAGCCUAGUCAUGACGCCAUGGAUCCUCCCGCAGCAUAAACUCCAUACUUCUUUUUAUGUGUACAAUUUGCACGUAUGAAUUCGAUGAAGUAAUCUAGUUCUUAUCUUAAGUACAACUUUAUAAAGGACCUUUAAAAACA